CAUGAAGAAGUAGCAGAAAGAAUAAUAAUGCUUUUCCGAAAUCGUUUUUUGCUCCUGUUGGCCUUGGCAGCCUUGUUAGCCUUUCUGAGCCUUAGCCUACAAUUCUUGAAAACUACUUGCAAGAUUUGGAAACCACAAGCCCCUUCUUUAGGGGAGAGGGAUAAUGAAACUUUGAAUAGUUCUUAUUAUGCAUAUUUUCUCUUCCACGCUGAUGAAAAAUUGCCACGUAACUUGAAAAAAUAUUUGCUAUGUGACCUACUUCCUACGUCGUGAAAAAGUUUUAAACAGUUUGGUUGCAUGGAACUGAAAGAACAGUCUGUAUUUAAGGCUACCACUAAGAAAAAAAAUUCCAGACUAAAAUGGCUGCUUUCUUUUCAUACUCUUUUUGGACCGCUCGUGGUUGCAAAGGAAAAGAAAAUGGAAACAGAUUUCCUUUCUUUUAUUCUAAUUUUAGUACACUUGAUCCCUGUUAACCCUGUUAAAGAAGAUGAUCUUGGCUCCAAGAAUCGAAAGAGAAUAAUGCCUGAUCCUCUGACGGAGACACCUCCCAUAGACCCCAUUUUCGAAGCCCAGUUUUAUUGUAACAUUCCCAACACACCUGAACGCAGUAUGGAAGGCCAUGCACCUCACUAUUUUAAGCUGAAUUCUGUUCAUGUGCUGAUUCGCCAUGGGGACCGAUAUCCUCUUUAUGCCAUUCCCAAAACGAAAAGGCCAGACAUUGAUUGUACAUUAGUGCCCAACAGGAAACCUUCCCAUCCUCAGCUUGAAGCUUUUAUUAGCCAUAUGUCUAAAGGAUCAGAAACCCAAAUGGAUGGCACUCUGAGCAGCAUGCCUCGUUACCCCAGCCAUUCACUGUGUGAAAUGGGAGAGCUUACACAGACAGGGAUUGUACAGCACUUGCGAAAUGGACAACUACUGCGGAAUAUUUAUAUAAAGAAGCAUAACUUGAUACCAAGUGACUGGACAAGUAAACAUUUGUAUUUGGAGACAACUGGAAAGAGUCGAACACUACAGAGUGGGCUGGCACUACUAUAUUCCUUCUUGCCGGAAUUUGAUUGGAAGAAAAUUAACUUUAGGCACCAGUGGAGCACAAUUUUUUGUUCUGGAAGCUGUGAUUGCCCGAUAAGAAACCAUUACCUAGAGGAGGAACAACGGCGUCAGUACAGCCUACGGGUGAAAAACAUACACUUGGAGAAAACAUAUGCAGAUAUGGCAAAGAUUGUCGGCAUACCCACAAGGCAGUUAAGGGCUUCUAACCCUGUAGAUUCUAUGCUAUGUCAUUUUUGCCACAAUGUCAGCUUCCCAUGUACCAAGAAUGGCUGCAUUAACCUUGAGCACUUUAAAACAAUCAAGACGCAUCAACUUGAAGAUGAAAAAGAGAGGCAGGAGAAGAAAUAUUACUACUUGUAUGCGCUACUGGCCACUCAUCCUAUCCUUAACCAGACAGCCAAUCGUAUGCAGCGCAUUGCAGAAGGCAAGAAAGAAGAACUAUUUGUCCUGUAUUCCGCUCAUGAUGUCACCUUGUCCCCUGUUCUGAGUGCCUUAGGCAUCACUGAGGCCAGGUUCCCAAGAUUUGCAGCUAGACUAGUCUUUGAGCUGUGGAAAGAUGGAAAGAAGUACAAAGAACAUUUUAUCCGCAUCCUUUAUAACGGUGUUGAUGUCACAUUCCAGACUUCAUUCUGCCGGGAUUAUAACAAACAUUACACCAAACUGAUGUGCCCCUUAGAGAAAUUUGUUCGUUUUGUUAAACAAGACAUGUUCUCACCUUUUAAUAGCACCAAUUACUAUGAUGCAUGUCACAGGAGGCCAUUCUAAGCAAGGGAGGAAUAAAAUGUUACAUUUUGUAUUGUCAAAAAAAAUUGUCUCCAAGGAAGCUUGACACUGUCAAAGCCUAGUGUGCCUAAGUGCAAAUGAAUAUAGCUUGAAGUGGUUUCGUCAUCCCCC